UCUAACUGGUUUGUUGAAAUCAAUGUUACAAACUGUCACAAAACGUCACAGCAGUCGCCAUGUGACGCGUCAAUAGGAUCAGAUUUACAAGAAGGUAUUAUUGGUGAAACGAAAACUUUCCCUUGGCUUGGAGUAUUACGUUUUCAUAUCCACGAGGAAGAUUCCCUUAAAGUAGCACUAACUGGAAUAGUUCUGGUAAAGAACAAUUAUUGUAUAACAAACGCUGACGAUCUUGCCAAGAUAUCUCAUUCAAAGUUUACGAGAGAAAGUAAAGUUAUGUUUAUUAUAAAAGAUAAUGAGACAUGGUCGAGUGGAGUCAUGAGUUACACGAUCCAUCCUGAAUAUGAGUUUGCCACCUACAAUACUAUAGCUUUGGUAGAAUUGGCGGAGCAUUACCAAGAUGAAUUAAAACCUAUUUGCUGGCCUCAAUAUAGUUACAAUACAUCAAAUAAUUUGUUUGCAGUGGGAUAUACUGACGAAAAUAAAUUUCUGGAGAAAUUAAUUUAUAAAUUAGAAUAUGUUGACCAGCCGCUUUGUAAUGAGUUCUAUAAUCGCAUCGGGUUUAAAAACAAUCUUUAUAUACCCUCACACUACUUUUGUGCAUUUGCUAAGAAUAAUAAGAAAAACUGUGUAUGGGAAAAUGGGAUGGCACUCGUUUCAAAUACAACAGGACCUUGGGUUUUAAUUGGUUUCGGAAUCAAAGGGCCCGGAUGUGCUGGCCCGAGUCGCUUCAUAGAUAUAUUGAAGUUCCAACCCUGGAUUGAAGCGUCGACUGAUAACACAUUUUACUAAAUAAAAUGAAACUCAUUGUAAAUAUCUA